GUCCGACCGUGCCAGUGUGUCCAGAACCCGUGCAAGCGCCACAACGUGCAGUUUUAUAUGACUCUACAGCUCGCAAUACGUGAAUUUUGACGAUAUAUUUGAUAAAAUAUAACAAAUAUACACGGACUUCUACUACAGUGGACAUGAUACAGUGACUGCUACCGAACGCCACCAUGCGGAGAUCUCGAAAUGACACGCGUAGGUCGAGCCUUACGCGUGCCUGCGAAUUCGACGAGGAGGAAUCCGGGAGUAAAGGGGACCCCGAGGAUCCUAUCCCUAGGCUCCUGUUCAGAGGAUACGUGGAAUUGGCGACAGCCCGCAUAUACAAAGUCAUGAUUAAUACCGGAAUCCUGGAGGUGGAGAGUGACCUGAUAGCCGGGGCGAGCGCCAAGGUCUUCUUCCAGAGGGAUGCGCUGUACCUCAACGAAAACAAAGCGAAAAGAGGGCAGCGACUUUGUGAUCUGCUCUGGAACCGUCUGACGGAGCCCUGUGGCUGCGUGGCACGGCCGUUCACAAACAAGCGCGGCACCUUCAAAAGAAUUACCGGGGUCGAAGUUCACCUGAUCGCCAAGAAGGUGUGGAUCGGCAAGAGAUCUUCCUCGUCAGCCGUGAGUGGACGCGGUCCUCAAAAAGGGCGACCUCUUGUGUCCAGAAACGAUGGCCAAGAGUCAGGUCCAGCCGCCUCCGGCUUGCACGCAUCCAGCGCUGCACUUGGAGCAUGUGGCGCGCUCCGAGGUGAGGUCUCGUUCGUCGCAGGGUCCUCCGGUAUCCUGAAGAAGGCCGAUGGCUGUUGCGGGGCAUUCUUCGCUGACCAGUGCUUCCUGUAUGGCGUGUGUCUACAGGACGUGCGUCUGGAAGACGUCCUGCGCAAAGGUAACCUACGCCUUCCUCUCGUUCAGUCUCGGUGAGUCUGAGUCACAGGCCGGAGUCUCGGCGUCGCUCCCGAAGAUCUUCAUUUGGUGCAGCUUUCGAAAGCGGGGAAACGAAGAGGGCAACAGGAAAGUAAACGUACCCGACCUUAUACAAACAUGCAUGAAUAUAUGCAUACAUAAAUACAUACAUACAUCUCUGU